AUGAGUUCAGCAUUAAUGGGAUUUCCGGGGUCUGCUCCCCAAAACGGGCUGGGGGGGGCCCUGUCCGUGGAUUCCAUCACCGACCUGGCUGCCAACACCUCCCAGCUGCUGGAGCUGAGGGCAGAGUUCGAUUGCGGGCUGGAUGUUCACCUGGAUGAGCAGCAGAGCGUCCAUGACGUGGCCGCGCUGCUCAAGGAUGAGCAGCGGAGCGUCCAUGACGUGGCCGCGCUGCUCAAGGAGUUCCUGCGGGACAUGCCCGAGCCGCUGAUCCCCCGAGAGCUCUACCGAGCCUUCCUCAGCACAGCCCGCAUGGAGGGGCCAGCACAGCUGGAGACGCUGCAGCUGCUGCUGUUCCUGCUGCCCCCCUGCCACAGUGACACCCUGCUGCGGCUCCUGCGCUUCCUGGCCCAGGUGGCACGGCAUGCUGAGAGCUCCUGGGACCCCCAGGGCCACCAGAUCCCUGGCAAUAAAAUGACAGCGUCCAACCUGGCCACAGUCUUUGGUCCCAACAUCUUGCAGAAGGAGAAGCCUGGAGAGAAAGAUGCUGGUGCCCUGAACUUGGAGGACAGUGCUGCCAUAAUCCUGGUGCUGCAGAGGCUGAUUGAGCACCACCACUCCCUGUUCAUGGUGUCCCCAGAAAUGCAGUGUGACGUGCUGAGGAGGCUGUUCCAGACAGACCCCGAUGUCAUCGAGUACCUGCUGCGCAGGAAGUUCCCUGACGUGCUGAGCCCAGAGCAUGAGGAUCCCGGGGAGGAGCAGCCUCCAUCUGCCUGGACACACAGCCUGCAGCGAGGCUCGGCCUCCUCGGAGCUGUUCAGCAACAUCUCCUUCCUAAACCUGGACGUUGGCAUCUAGGGAGCACAAAACCCCAAAAAAACCCCUGGCUCAGCUGCCAGGCUGGCAGCUCCCUGCAGGUCUCAGCACAGCCUCCUUCU